UAAAAGAAACGAAACUUUAUUUAGUUAUGACAAAAUUAUUAAAUAACAAUGCUGAUAAAAUAUCUAUUUAUCAAUCUGCAUUGGCUGGUGGAGCUUCUGGCGCAGUCACUAGGGCCAUGGCUCAGCCUCUCGAUGUCUUAAAGAUAAGAUUUCAAUUACAAUUAGAACCAAUAAAGUGUGGAUCUAAGUAUAGUUCUAUUUUUCAAGCUGUUACUUCUAUCAUCAAAGAAGAAGGAGUUACCACGCUAUGGAGUGGCCACGUUCCAGCACAGUAUCUAUCAAUUCUAUUUGGUGUUCUACAGUUUUCCACAUUUGAAAAACUAAGCCGGCUCUGUCAAAAAUCUGAUCCUGAGUUUUAUAUGGUACAUAAACAUUGGAUUAAUUUUUGUAACGGAGGAAUUGCUGCAACAGUUGCCACAGUCGCAUCUUACCCAUUCGACACUGUGAGGACGAGGUUAAUAGCAGAAAGAAAAACUAGUAAGGCAUAUAGAGGCUUUAGUCAUGCUUUCACUACUAUGAUUAAGCAUGAAGGUCCCAGGUCCCUAUUCAAAGGACUUUUACCCACAUUAGGGCCAGUGGCACCUCAAACUGGAAUACAAUUUGCAGUAUACAAAUUGUUGACAGAAAGUGUAAUGAAUAAAAUAGUUUUCUUCCAGAGACAUGAAAAAAGUAUAUUAGGAGCAGUAGAGUCCACUUUAUUAGCUAAUUUAAUUGCAGGAUCAAUUAGUGGAUUAGUGGCCAAAACAGCUAUGUAUCCUUUUGAUUUGGUGAAGAAGAGACUGCAAAUUCAAGGUUUUCAGCAACAUAGAAUCAGUUUUGGAAGGCAGAUGUAUUGUGGAGGAAUGAUGGAAUGCCUGAAGUUAACAAUAAUGGAAGAAGGGUUUUUAGCUCUAUACAAAGGGUAUGCUCCGAGUAUGAUAAAAUCUGUUGUAACAACAGCACUUCAUUUUGCUGUGUAUGAUGAAAUUAAACAUUUCUUCAUGAGAGUACAGACUUAACAUGUUUGUGUAAUAAUUAUAUAUUAGAAAAUGUUGUUUCAAGGGUUCCUUUCUUUUAAUUUCCUUUUAGUCUAGGUAUUGUUUGGUGUUCAAUUCAAUACUAGUUUUAAUUAAUUAAUUUAGA